AUGGCGACGAGAACAAAUACCUCGCAAAUCAAGUAUUUUGAAGAAGGAGAUGAUAUUGACUGUUUUUUAGAACGUAUGGACCAAUACAUGGUGGCAUAUGCAGUGGAACAAACGAAGCAAGUUUCAGUAUUGCUCAUGUCUUUGGAUGAAAAGACAUACAAAACGUUAAAAAGUAUAUUUCACCCUACGCUACCAAAAGAAAAAGCCUAUAAAGAGCUAUGCGAAGCUCUAAAAUUACGCUUUAGACAAAGAGUUUCUUACUAUAGAACUAGAACACUAUUCGACAAAAUAUCAAAAAACGACAACGAAAACAUUUCGACGUGGUACACAAGGGUAAGAGAAAUGGCAGCUGAUUGUGAUUUCGGCAAAACAUUUGAAGACAGAGUCAAGGACAAAUUUGUUACAGGUAUUAGAUUUGGUCCAAUUUUUGAAAGAUUAUGUGAGGAAUCCACGACACGGAAUGUGUCAGAAUUAUUAGAAAUUGCUUUAGCCAAAGAGUCAGUGUUACAAGAGAGGCAAAAGAGUUUUGUAAACAAGGUGCAAGUAGUCAAGAAACCUCAAUAUUCUAAAAUUUCAAAAUAUGAUCCAGAUAAGGCUAAGGACUCAUCUAAGGAAACUAUUUUAAAAUGCAUUCACUGUGGAAAGUCAAAUCACUCUUUUGCAAGAUGCAAAUAUAAGACCUAUAAAUGUAAAUUGUGUGGGAAGAUAGGGCAUUUAGCAGCAAUAUGUAAAAGCAAGACUACUCACACUGCGCACACAGUGGAAAUGCAAGAUAAAGAAGAGGAGAAUGGUUCGGUUAGCAUUUUUACUAUGGAAAUGGACACGGUGCCACAAUUAAAUUAUAUUUCUCCAUACAGCAUUGAGUGUAUAAUCGGCUCAAAAGCAGUUAAGAUGGAACAGGACACCGGUGCGGCUGUCUCUUGUAUUCCGGAUAGUGUUUACAACAGGUGCUUUACAAACUUUCAAUGUCAAGCUGUCAACUGUGAGUUGAAGACAUAUAAUGGUGAAGUAGUUAAACCUAUAGGCUUAGGUGAAAUUGAAGGAGAAAUAAUUAAAUUAGAAUUAUUAGAUGAAAAGGUUAAACCAGUAUUUCACAAACCUAGGCCCAUUCCAUAUGCUUACAAGGACAAAAUAGAUGAGGAGUUAUUGAAAUUAGAAAAGGAGAGAGAAGAAACACCGUUAGUUCCUGUUAUGAAAGAAAAUGGUCAAUUAAGACUUUGUGCGAAUUAUAAAAUAACAAUAAAUAAAUAUUUAAAAGAUGUUAACCAUCCUCUACCUCGUAUUGAGGACAUUUUUGCAGCUUUACAGGGGGGUGAUAAAUUCUCUAAGUUAGAUUUACGCAAUGCAUUCAAUCAUUUGAUAUGUGAUAAUGAGACAGGAAACCUUCUGGCAUGGUCUACACCCAGGGGUAUUUACAGAUUGAAUAGGCUACCAUAUGGCACUAAGCCUGCCAGUGCGAUUUUUCAGGCAAAAUUGGAAAAAGUUUUGUUAGGCGCAAAAGGAGUUAUAAAUUUUAUUGAUGAUACUAUAGUUACAGGGGCAAAUGAUGAGGAACAUUUGCAAAAUUUAGAAGAAGUUUUAAGACGAUUUCAAAAGGUUGGUAUUCGAUUAAACAAAUCAAAAUGCCUAUUUUUUGAGAAAGAGGUCAAGUAUUUAGGCCACAUAAUUUCAAAAGAGGGUUUAAGGAAGGAUAAUUCUAAAUUAAAUGGCAUAAUUUAUGCACCACCACCAAGUACUGUCACAGAAGUCCGUGCUUGGAUUGGCUCUGAAAAUGUAAUGGCUGAUUGUAUGUCCAGAUUGCCUGUUAGUUCUUUUAGUGAAAAUGAAAUAAAUUUAAAAGAGUGUGAUUACAUUAAUUUUGUAGAACAACAAAAUGUUAUUGACUUAAACAUGCUCGACCAGAACCACCAAAGUCAAAUGUCAUUUCAUGGCCAAGUUGUAGCUAUCCCUAUGAAAGAGUUCAUGCAGAUUUUCUUGGGCCUAUUGAUGGCAAAAUAA